AAGAGAAGAGGGGACAGAAGGGGCUUGGAGAGAUACCCUGAAAUCUGCUCCCUCUGACCAUGCAGUCAGGUCCUGGGGCUGGGGCCUGGCUGGAUAGGAGCCCAGGCCCCAGGCUGGCUAGGAGCCGCCUCUCACAUUGGCUUUCCCCACAUGUUGCAGCCUAUGGCAUCAGGCGUCUGCAGCACCAUGGCCCAGGCCCUGGGGGAGGACCUGGUGCAGCCUGGUGAGCUGCAGGAUGACUCCAGCUCUUUGGGGUCUGACUCAGAGCUGAAUGGGCCCGGCCCAUAUCGCCAGGCUGACCGCUAUGGCUUCAUUGGGGGCAGCUCAGCAGAGCCAGGGCCAGGUCACCCUCCUGCAGACCUUAUCCGCCAGCGGGAGAUGAAGUGGGUAGAGAUGACCUCACACUGGGAGAAAACCAUGUCUCGGCGGUACAAGAAGGUAAAGAUGCAGUGCCGGAAAGGCAUCCCCUCGGCCCUGCGGGCCCGGUGCUGGCCGCUGUUGUGUGGGGCCCAUGUGUGUCAGCAGAACAGCUGUGACACUUAUCAGGAACUGGCUGAGGCCCCUGGGGACCCACAGUGGAUGGAGACCAUCGGCAGGGACCUGCACCGCCAGUUCCCUCUGCAUGAGAUGUUUGUGUCACCCCAGGGUCACGGGCAGCAGGGGCUCCUCCAGGUACUCAAGGCCUACACCCUGUAUCGGCCGGAACAGGGCUACUGCCAGGCCCAGGGCCCUGUGGCUGCCGUGCUGCUCAUGUAUCUGCCCCCAGAGGAGGCCUUCUGGUGCCUGGUACAGAUCUGCGAGGUUUACCUCCCUGGCUACUACGGGCCCCAUAUGGAGGGUGUACGGUUGGACGCCGAGGUGUUCGCGGCCCUGCUGCGGCGGCUGCUCCCGCGUGUGCACAAGCACCUGCAACAGGUGGGCGUCGGGCCCCUGCUCUACCUGCCCGAGUGGUUCCUGUGCCUCUUCGCCCGCUCCUUGCCCUUCCCCACGGUGCUGCGUGUCUGGGACGCUUUCCUUAGUGAGGGUGUGAAGGUGCUGUUCCGCGUGGGGCUGACACUGGUACGCCUGGCACUGGGCACCACUGAACAGCGCCUGGCCUGCCCGGGGCUCCUGGAGACGCUCGGCGCCCUUCGAGCCAUCCCGCCCACCCAGCUGCAGGAGGAGGUCUUCAUGCCCCAGGUGCACAGCGUGGCCCUGUCCGAACAGGACUUGCAGCGGGAGAUCAAGGCCCAGCUGGUCCAGCUGCCCGCGUCGGCAUCUGGGCCACCCCCGAGGCCGCAGGCCCGCCUGCCUGGGGCCCAAGCCAUCUUUGAGGCCCAGCAGCUGGCAGGAACUCGGGGAGCCACCAGGCCCGAGGUACCCCGCAUCGUGGUUCAGCCCCCGGAGGAGCCCAGGCCGCCGCGGCGCAAGCCCCAGACCCGAGGCAAGACUUUCCAUGGGCUGCUGACUCGGUCCAGGGCCCCCCGUAUCGAGAGCCCCGCCAGGUCCCAUCGAGGCUCCACCUCCUCCCUGGACACCCGAUUCUGAAGGUCCCACUUCUGAGGGUACCAGAGACUCAGGGUCCCCCAACCCCAAUUGCCUGAACGGUGGAUGCCAGCCUCCAAGUAGGCACCACACUUUACAGCUGGGAUGGGUGCCUCAGCUUCUUUCCCGUGGACUGUGUCAGGCUCGAGGAUGAGGGAAGGUGAGAGAGUGAGGUUUUGAGGACCCAGGCCCACCAUCCGCCCACGGAGCUGUCCUGGCACCUGGGCCCUUGCAAGCAUCACGCUGGCGCUGAAGGAGGGUGAGGUUAGGGGCACAGGCUGGGCUUAGGGGACCCCAAGGCUCCUGGGGAGGCCUGGAAUAAAGUCUGAGCAGAAGCCCGUAUGCAGUCAGAUGGAACGCCUUCCAGCCUCAACCCCGGACCAGCAGCUCCUUCCCCUCCGGCCCUCACUCCCCUCACAGCCCCACCCCUCCGAGCCCAGCCCUGGCUCCUCAGGGCUCACUGAGGCUGCCCGUUGGCUGCUGGAAGGUCUUCACCAGCACCAGGAGCCAAUGGUAAGCUGCAGUGCCCAGCCUCUUGGGGUCAGGGAAGGCUUCUGCACCUGGGGGAGGAGGGCUCCCCAAGUGGAUGCUGGGCCCAGAAGUGGGACUCUGUCCCCUCUUCUGCUCCCUCUCCCUGCUGGUUCAGGAUUCCCCCCAGGGCUGUGGGCACUCUAAGGCAAGUUCGCCCCCCACCCAUGGUCCUGGUCCCAUCCUCAGAGAGAGCCAGCUGAGAACAAAGGCCUAGUGUGCCCGGACAAAGGAGGAAGGGCCCGCCAGCCCUUGCCCCCUGCCUAAGCCCCAGCCGCACCCCCUGGGGACUGCCACUGUGGAAACCCCUCCCACACUCGCUAAUUGCCCCCGUGGGUGCCUGAGGUGCCUGGGACAGGAGCCAUCGCCAGGACAACGGGGCUGGUUCUGACGUAGGCUUAUGUUCCUGCAGGGCCCAUUCCCAGUGCCCUGCCUCCCUGCUUCCUUGGGUGCCCUCCCCUGAACGGGGGAGGAGGAGGGGGAGUACCCGGAGAAAGUGUCUGCAGUCCCACUUAAAUGGUGGAGUGGGUUCUUAGUUCCCUGACCAGUGAUCCAACCCGAGCCUCCUGCAGUGGAGGCGCGGAGUCUUAACCACUGGACCGCCAGGGAAGUCGCAAUGGUGGAGUGUUUGAUCCAUCCUUCUCAGUGGCUGAGCUGGAGUGUUGGCACCCUCAGAUCUAGUGACAGGGCCACGGCUGCAGGAACACGCUCCCUCCACAUAUACUCUUGUGGCGCUGACUGUGUGACUGGCCAGGCCCUGGGUCCUGGGCAGACCAUCCCACUCCCUGAAGGAGGGACUCACGGAGGUCCAGAGCUGAAGUUUACCUGGGGGGAAACUAAGGCUCAGGAGGGGAGGCAACUGGGCCAAAGCUUUGCUGCCCAGGGCAGACCCAAGGUUCACCGCUACCCUCGCAUCAACAGCCACGAACCUGACACCCACCUCCCUCUGCCAUCCUGGGGCUACUCUCUCUCCCACUGCCCCAGUCUCGCCCCAGCCUGGGUUCUGAGUGUGGGCCAGGGGCUGGGCUCCUGUGAAUUAAAGAGAGCUUCCUGAGCUCUCCCUCCCCACUCCCCUCCCCACUGGCGUACUUGGAGCUUAAUAAUACCACAGUCCCCUGCAGUUCACGGACCCUUUCUCAGACCCCCACACCCUCUCUCUGCAGGUGGCACUGAGAGCCUCUUUAGAGAAGGGGGAGAUGGCCAGGUUGAGCGCCCAGCCCAGGAUCACAGUGGGGGGCAGAGCGAGCUAGACCACGCCUUAGACUUAGGGCGGGUGUCUCAUGGACUCUCUGCUGGGAGCAGGUAGGUGGGGGAACCUGCAGGAAGUUUAUGGGAUUUGCCCUGCACUCCCUGCCCUCCGUGCGCUCAGCUCUUCUGCUGCGAAGGUAGAGGAGCAGGAAAGCAGCAGCCUUGGCACCAGGGCUGCUGAGUCUGAAGGAGAGGCCACGUGGUAGUCGUUCCGCCUGGAUAUAGACCCUGGGGCAGGUGGUCUCCAGCAGGGGCCUCUCUAGCUGGGGCUGAGUCACUGCCUUAUCUACUGAGGGAAGCAUUUUCUGGGCAGUCCUUCUGCAGGUCCCGUUAUCAACCAUCCAUCUGGGAAGCCUGAGCCAAGGGGUCAGACCAAAAGAGCACCAGCUCCCUCCUUGUCAGAACGCUUUUUUACACACGCUGUUCCCACAGGGCUGCGCUAGCCCCCUAUGGCUCCUGUGUACUAGUUGGGAGAAGAUGCCCCUCCCCCAGGUACAUGCAUCCCUUGCAGGACAGAAGGGAAGUGACCACUCAGCAGGGUACCUUUGUGCAGUGAGCAACCUGCACAACCACACUCAGUGAACCUAGCAGCCCCAGCUCCCUACAGACCUGCCUGGAAAGGGGCUCAGAGAAGGCGAGGCACGCAUCUGAGAGUACUCAGCCUGUGGGGACCAAAGCUGGGAUGGCACCCAGCGAUGUCCAUCGGCCGGGGUCAGCCCAGGGGACAGGAGUGGGGGUCAAGCAAAGAAGUGGAAGGGCAAAUGGACCCCCGUGUGGGGGGCCAUGGUCUCCAUCUAGACUGCCACCCUCCCCAUAAGUCCCCCCAUCCCACACUGUCCGGAGGCCAGGCUUGGACUCCCUGCAAAGUCCCUGCAUGGGAAUGGCCUUCUCACUCUCUCUGAACCUCAGUCUCCUCCUACAGAUAAUAGGAUAAUAACAGCUCCCACCCUAGUCCCAAGAGCACUCUACCUGUCUCAUUUCUAUGAUGGUUAUUGUUUAGUCAAGCUGGGCAGUCACCCAGGGAUUGCCUCUCGUCACCCCACGCCUACCUGGCCCAGCUCAGCCUCAGGUGACCUCCAGGCUCUCCUGGCACAAACAGAGCAAGACUGCCCUGCCAGCCUGCUUGCCCCAGCUCCCAGGGCCCUGGGCUGAGCUGCAGUUGCCCAACCCUGAUUUUCCUCCCUGCGUCCACAAGGCAAACGCCAUCACAGCCGGUGCCCAGCCAGGGCAGUCUGGGAGCGGGCACAGAACCACACUGCUCUGUGUGCAUGUAUACACACACUCUGGCAGAGGGAAGACCCCAGCCCUGCCUCUCACCAGCCGUGUGACCUUGGGCAAAUCACAUCACCUCUCUGAGCCUCCAUUGCCUCAUCUGCAAAAGGCAGAGACUCAUAACUGCUACCCAACAGGGUUAAGUGAGAUAUGGCACAUAAAGUCCUCUGUACAGUGCCUGGGACAAGUCAAAAAACAUUCGCUGGGGCUUCCCUGGUGGCGCAGUGGUUGAGAGUCCGCCUGCCGACGCAGCGGACACGGGUUCGUGCCCCGGUCCGCGUGGAUCCCAUGUGCCGCGGAGCG